AGAUCGUAUUGACCUGCUAAACUCAAACAUAUACCCCUCCUUUCCCAACCCAUACAGUUCGUCGUGAAACGUAGAUCAAGCCAUGACGUUGGAUGUUUUGAGCUUCAUUGAUGCCAAGGGCGGCAAUGCCGAAGAAAUUCGCGAAUCUCAGCGCAAGCGUGGGCAUUCGGUCGAGCUGGUUGGUGAGAUCAUCCAGAUGUACGCAGACUGGGUCAAGAUGGACUUCGAUGCAAACAGCCUGAGUAAACAGAUUAAUGCUGUACAGAAGCAGAUCGCGACUAAAAAAAAAGCCAAGGAGAAUGCAGAUGAUUUAGUUGCAGAGAAAAAGACCCUCGAUGCCCAAGUCGAGGCGAAGCGAAAGGAAGCCCGCGAGUUCGAGUUACAGAUGAGACAGAAGGCUAGCACAAUCGGCAAUAUUGUCGGGAAGGCUGUUCCAGUGAGCCAGACAGAGGAUGAUAACGUUACCCUCAAAACAUGGCAUCCUGAAGGACCGAAUGCCGAAGUAGAGAAGAAAUCAAAUAUUCUUGCGCACCACGAAGUGCUCCUGCGACUAGAUGCCAUGGAUCUCGAGCGAGGUGCAAAGGUUGCAGGACACCGAGGUUACUACCUGACUAACGAUGGUAUCGAUCUCAACCAGGCUCUUAUAUCUUAUGGACUCGACUUCCUCAGAAAACGAGGAUACAAGAAAGUUCAACCCCCCUUCAUGAUGAACAAAGAUGUAAUGGCAAAGACCGCGCAACUUGAUCAAUUCGACGAAGAAUUAUACAAGGUCAUCGCCAGCGAGGACGAGAAGUAUCUCAUCGCGACUUCGGAACAACCUAUCUCCGCCUUCCACUCCGAUGAAUGGUUCGAAGACCCAAAAACGCAACUCCCCGUACAAUACGCCGGUUACUCGACGUGUUUCCGAAAGGAAGCAGGGUCAGCGGGGCGAGAUAUGUGGGGUAUCUUCCGUGUGCACCAGUUCGAAAAGGUCGAACAGUUCUGCAUCACCGAGCCGGAAAAGUCGUGGGAUAUGUUCGAGACAAUGGUCACAAACUCUGAGGCAUUCUAUCAGAGUCUUGGAAUCCCGUAUCGCGUCGUGGCCAUCGUCUCGGGGGCGCUGAAUCUGGCGGCUGCCCAGAAAUACGAUCUCGAGGCCUGGUUCCCCUUCCAGGGGGCGUACAAGGAAUUGGUGUCGUGCUCGAACUGUACCGAUUAUCAGAGCCGGAGGCUUGAAGUUCGCUGUGGCUUAAAGAGCAAGGACCAAGCACGCAAAGUUUAUGUUCAUAUGCUCAACGGCACCCUCUGUGCGACGGAGCGGGCGCUUUGCUGCCUCGUCGAGAAUUAUCAAACCCCAGAGGGUCUCGUUAUUCCCGAGGUCCUCCGCCCAUAUAUGCAAGGCCGUGACUUCCUUCCAUGGGUGAAAGAGCUGCCAAAGAAUCUGCAGCGUAAACAGGCGUAAGCUUCUUGAUUGUGAUGUACGCUACCUUAUUGCGCAUUCCUUGCUCUUUGUUUAUUCUGGGCAUCUCUGUACAGCGUUACCACACUUGGGCGGUAGGUGUAUAGAUCGAUAGUGAAGAAGUCCAGGUUUUGUUGUAUGUAGACUGGUAUCUCCCAAUGUUCUGUAGAAUGAUCGGCAGCUUGACGCUUAGCAGCAUGUCUUCGAGAAGC